CCUCGCGGGGCCGAGUGUGCUGACGGCGACAAUAUGGGGUACAAGAAGAGGUUAGGCUUCGGGACGUUUUUCACCGUAUUAAUCGUACUGACGGCAAUCUAUUACCGCAACAUCGACGACGUCCUGCAUAAACGAUUGCUGACUCUGUUGCACGGUCUCGAGAAGCUCGAGAACAAGUAUGUUAUCACGAGGAGGCCGAAAGUUGCCAUAGGUUAUGGCGUAUGCACCGACGUCUUCAUCGACGCGAAACAUCUGCUAAGAUAUUCGGAUGAAAUCGGCCGACCUGAACACUUUGACGAGAUCAAUACCCAGCUUGAACUGCUCAAGAGCUUUGCUUAUUAUUUUCGCCAUGGAGCCGCAGCCGAACGCUACAUGGCAAACAGAACUUUAUUCGACGAAUUGGUGUCAAAAGCACGGUCGUUUCCCUCGUCCUACUCGACAAUCGGAGGAAAUGCGGCAGUCAUGGCGAUGCGAUUCGCGCGGGAGGGAUGCGACGUGACUCUCGCGGCUAAGAUGACCAAAUCCUUGCACCAGAUGUUCCCUCAGGUGAUAAAUAUAGUGGGUGGUGAAGUAAAACGCGAUGAUAUUCACCUCAUCAUGGAAUACAAGCAUGGCGAAGUAUGGGGCCCUUAUUCCAGUGCGAGAGCAAACAGAUAUAUUAUUCACAACGACAUAAAUAAUCCACUGAUCAGUUCAUUUAACGCCUUCGACAAAAUUCUGAGAACCUACGAUCCUGAUUUAUUGGUAGUCAGUGGCCUACAAAUGAUGGACAACUAUCCAUUUCAAGAAGACAAACGCAAGAACCUGCUGAUAAAUGUAAAAAAACAAAUGGUGGAACGUCUGAGCUCUACCAGAAUUCAUUUCGAAAUGGCUUCAUUCGCCGAGGAUAAAUUGCUUUUUGAGCUGUGCGAUUUGGUGGUUCCGUUUGCCGACAGUUUGGGAAUGAACGAACAGGAAAUAGCGAAUUUGUACAAUACUAUGUAUUACGGUAAUAUCUCAUUAGUGGCAAACUCAACUCCGCGUGUCGCAACAGUGUUGGAUCAGAUGAGAACAUUGUUCAAACUCAUACGCCUGAGAGGCAAGUCGAUCGCGAAUUCUAGAGAGAUCACGAGAAUUCACGUGCACACGCUGGCGUACCAAGCCAUAUUCACCGUUAAAGAUUCUGUUUGGAAGAAUACUAUGGCCGCUGCGGCCAAAGCAUCGUUAACCGCACACAGACAUGUAUGCGCAUCGAGUAACGUUGAUGUAACGAAAGCCACCCUGAUCAUGGACGACAGUUUCUCGACGUCUAUCGUCGACGGUACUCGAAUAGCAUUGAACAUCGACAAGCCAGUAUCUUGUUGGGAUGAAAUAUUGAAGGUGGAGCAAGAGAAUAUUUCUAUUCAGGUGUGCGUCGCUCCCGUAUUGGUUUGCACGCAAGCUAGUCAAACGGCAGGAGGCGGUGACAACAUUUCUAGCGCGGGCUUGGUACUUCAGAUUUAAAGUAUAGAUUCACAUCGAUUUACGACGGGAUUUUACUUACACCGCCGUGUUCGCAUUACGAAUUGCAUUUCCCAUCCAUACACACGUAGACGACGAACAGAAAUCCUAAAGUAGGCCUUUAAUAAUGUUUUUAGUACGUGAGAAUCUACAUUGAAUUUACAUUCCGAUUUGACUGCAAGAAAUAUAGACUGUAAUUACGUGCAUCACUAAAGACUAUAAAGCACGAUUUAAUUCUUCUAUGCACUCUUUUAUGCGAGUGUGUUUUAUCAAAUUGUGACGCUUCGCCUAAUACGAUUAUCGAUAUAGUAAUUUGGUACUAACAUCGAUGUUUGCAACUCUAUUGUUAAUUCUUGCAUUUAUAGAUUAAUUUUAACCGAAGAAAGUUUAUUCGAUAUUAUAUUAUGUAGGCUAAUUAUGCUACGAUAGAGCAUGUAUUAAGCAUUUUUACAAAAACAGAAUUAACGAAAACCAGAGAUUUCCUGAGUACUGAAAAACUUAAGUCAAAAUGGAUACUUAAGAAUUAAAUGGUGCCAUGUGAUCUAUAUUUCAAUAGAGAUAGUUUCAACAAUUUCGCAAUAGAUUCGUAGUUAUGAUAUAUUAACUUUCAAAACCACAAUGUGAUAUUAUCUUUAGAAAUCGUAAUCUAUUAAUUUUUAGAAAUUGUAAGAUUAAACUUAAAGAAACAGAAAGCUUGAAAAGUCAAAGUGAUUCUUUAAAAGAAGAAAAAUAAUUAUUUAAUCUCGGGAAAUGUCGCAUAUACAUGUCUCCAAUGUUACGAUACAUUCCGAUGUAAUCUAUUAUCUUUAUAUAUAUAUAUAUAUUUAAAAAUCUCGCAUUUCUUUUACAUUCGAAAAUGUACAUAUACGGCGUAAGCUUGAAAGUUACGGAUUUGCAAUAUUAAAGAUAUACAAUAUCAAUGUUAAUACACAAA